UCCAAGGCCUGUGCCAAACCAGGCCCCUCUCAUCAGCACUCAGAGAUAACAGUCACUUUGUGUUCGUCCUCAGUGCAGGGCAACAGACACCUUGACGUGUGAACAUGGCUUCUCUCAUCAAUCGUUGUCCCUAUGCCACCCGGGACCCUACUCUGUUCCUAAGGGUAGCUCGCCCUUUUCUCCUGCGCUGUGCGGAACGCUGCCCAGUCAUGGUAACCCACAGCCUGUCCACUUCUCCAGGAUGUGAGCAGAGAGCUAAGGACAUCCCACCAACCACUGGAGUAUCAACUGGAGCUUCCAACAGACGCACCCUUGCUCAGGUAGCCCCUCAAGCUGCCAUUGCAAAUGUAACGUUCCCAUUUAUCAAGAUUGGGAAGGGUGAGGGCAGCAUUGUGCAGAGGGCUGCACCACAAGUCCAGGAGGAUAUCAGCGCUUUUCAAAAAGAUGCCUUCAGCUCUCUGCUAAUAGAAGUCCAGUCUAGCCUGAAGAAGAAAUUUCUAGCUCCUUCUCCUAAAAAAGUGAACCUAGGAACUGGUGCUCCUCUCAUACCAACCCAUCUGAUUAAGGAGAACAUGACCGGAAAAACCUUUGGCUAUGAUGAUUUCUUCAGCCGGAGAAUUGAAGAGAAGAAAUCAGACCACACAUAUCGGGUGUUCAAAACUGUGAACCGCAGGGCUGAUGCCUAUCCAUUUGCUGAGGAUUACUCUGAUCUCCAUGGUGAGAAGAAGGAAGUGUCUGUUUGGUGCAGCAAUGACUACCUGGGCAUGAGUCAACACCCAAAGGUGCUCAAAGCAAUCUCGGAGGCACUGCAAGAACAUGGAGCUGGGGCAGGUGGGACAAGGAACAUAUCAGGAACCAGCAAGUAUCACGUAGACUUGGAGUGUGAACUAGCUGAUCUUCACAACAAGGACGCGGCCCUUCUUUUCUCCUCCUGCUUUGUAGCCAAUGAUUCUGCUCUCUUCACAUUGGCCAAGAUGCUGCCAGGUUGCGAGAUCUACUCCGACGCUGGGAACCAUGCCUCCAUGAUUCAGGGCAUCCGGAACAGUGGCGUUACCAAAUUUGUCUUCCGCCACAAUGACCCUGCACAUCUUGAGGAACUGCUUCAAAAGGCAGACCCUAAAACUCCCAAGAUUGUGGCCUUUGAGACAGUGCACUCUAUGGAUGGUGCAAUCUGCCCCCUGGAGGAGAUGUGUGACGUGGCACACAAAUAUGGUGCUCUGACCUUUGUAGAUGAGGUGCACGCCGUGGGAUUGUAUGGCACGCAUGGAGCAGGUGUGGGGGAGAGAGAUGGUGUGAUGCACAAGAUGGAUAUUAUCUCAGGAACUCUGGGUAAGGCUUUCGGCUGCGUGGGUGGAUACAUCGCCAGCACUGCCUCUCUCAUAGACACUGUGCGUUCUUACGCUGCCGGCUUCAUCUUCACCACUUCCCUCCCUCCCAUGGUGUUAGCAGGCGCAGUGGAGUCCGUGCGGGUUCUUAAGAGCGAGGAGGGGCAGGCCCUGCGUCGCGCUCACCAGCGCAAUGUGAAACACAUGCGCCAACUGCUGAUGGAUGCAGGGCUGCCUGUCAUUAACUGCCCCAGCCACAUCAUUCCCAUACGGGUUGGAAAUGCUGCUAUUAACACCAGGAUCUGUGACAUCCUCCUUUCCCAACACAACAUCUACGUUCAAGCCAUCAAUUACCCGACUGUCCCCCGCGGAGAAGAAAUGUUGAGACUGGCUCCCUCACCCCACCAUACACCAGACAUGAUGAGCUACUUUGUGGAGAGCCUUGUGAGAGUAUGGAAAGAGGCGGGGAUCCCCUUGCACACACCAUCUGCUGCCGAGUGCAACUUCUGCCAUCGUCCAUUGCACUUUGACCUGAUGAGUGAAUGGGAACGCACCUACUUUGGGAACAUGGAGCCAAAAUACAUAACUAUGUAUGCCUAAAACUAUAAAGAACCCCAGGUCUGUAACCCAUUAGCUGAACCUACACCAUCACAUUUCUUGCUUGCUUUGUAGUGCCACAAAAAUGCAUAUCCUGGCAAUCAUUCCACAGUCAAAAGCCAUAACGUAAUUUCUCUGGAAUCUAUAGUCUGUGGCUAGCCCACCACCCUACUGCUGAACUAAAACUGGCACCGUCUAUACAGAAGGCACAGGCACCAGGUCUCUAGCAUAUAUAAUAUGCCUACCUUACCCUUCCAUCUUGUUUCAUUUUUUUAGCUGCAGCAGCCAACCACAGCUAUCUGACAUUCCAUGAUUUAUUAUUCUAUUCCAAACAAGAAACCUGCAGUUGAUGGCUGCAUCUUCUUUCCAGUCAUAAAUAAGUACUCAAUCACUGGGAACUAGUGGAAUGUACUUUGUAGCUGCCCUGUAUACAAAUUCUAGUUUCCGUUUCUCACUGUUACCUGAACUUCUGCUUAUUGCACUUAUAGUAUGUGCAGCAAUGCUGACACUGCUGCCCUAUAGUUUUGGUGGAAGAACAAAUCCUGUACCAGACAUGAACCAGGAUGCUGCACUUUGAAAGUUCUCUGGUUUAGACAAAGCCAAGUGACACAGCACUGGUGGAUAGGGGUUAGCUGUGGGUUUCUUUGCAAUACAUUUGAUCUUAACUAAACAAAACUGACAAUAAAUAUUUUGAUCUAUA